GCACUUGUCAUUCUGUCUUGAAUUGUUGUCUCCGUGUGCUGAAUCAAACUGCGAAAGUACGCAGCAAUUCUGAACUCGUUAAAGACAUAUUCUUACAAGGAUAACCAAAAGAACCCUAAUGACAGCGACAUAUGGUAUAAUCUCUUUAGUUGCUGUCGUGAUCUGUACAAAUUUUCAAGACGGUCUUACAAACACGCGGGCGGAAGUCGAAAGUAAACUAAUCUGUACUUCGAAAUGGCAAAAGUUAAAAUUAAAUUCGAAGUCUAUGGUCACACAUUUAUCAUCGAAACAAAAUUUUAGCUCAUUUUGGAGAGAAAACGAGCAGGACUUCAAAGCUCGGACAGCGAAGCGGUUAUUCCAAGCGGUUAUAUACCCGUACAACUUUACGAAAGACUUCUCGUGUUACGGAACUGUCGCAAAUUACGCGGGUUCGAUUGCAACUUGGGUUAAUAAUGUAUCAGUUAAUAUAACACUGCCUGAAGUUGGCUCAGAAUUGCUUGGUUUACGUCUUAUACCAUUAUCGGGUGGUGAAAGGCGUUUGGAAUUUUACGUACGACCAACAACCAAUAUCGGUGAAGUUAGUUACAGCCUAAGCUACUGCUAUGUUAACAAAUAUGACCCCGGACUCGCAGAAAAUUAUUCAUGCCCGGUGUUUAGAAAUGUUAUAUUUAGCUGUUCACUUCGCGAAAGCAACGUAUACGGAAUUCCAAACUCUAGCGGUCUUAUCUGUCAAGCAUUCACUACAGACUAUAUUAAUUAUUACGCAGACUAUAAGUUUUAUAUUCAGUCAACAACCGGAGAUGGAUCCAAUUCAGUAAGCACUGACUUCCGGAUUUACACCAAACAAUCUGUUGAUAACGUUGAUGAGCCGAUAUCCCACUACCAGGGAUACUUUACCGCAGUAUUGAUGGGACCAAAGCCCAGGUAUCUUAUUAUAGCAGCGAUAGAACAGGUAUGAUACCAUCCUUUGCCCCCAACAAUGAACGAUCGCAGAUAAAACAUUGUAUGUUCUCAUGAGUCAUGUCAGUGAAACUUUCUUGUUUGAGAUGAGUAUUUUAAUGUUUCAAUUACGGCGGUUCGAAGCUAGUUAAUUAAACAGGGUUAAUUGAUGAGAUUAAACUCUGUAAAUUUUCAAUGACAAGCAUGAAAGUUUCAUGUUAGAAUAGACAACGUUGCUAUAUGUUGCAGUGAAUAUGUUGCACUAACUCCCUAACCCUUCCCCACCUAUAACCCUUCCCCACCUACCCCUUCCUCACCUAACCUUCUAACCCUUCCCCACCUAACCUCCUAACCCUUCCUCACCUAACCUUCUAACCCUUCUCCACAUACCAUCCUAACCUUUCCCCACCUAACCACCUAACCCUUCCCCACCUAACCCUUCCCCACCUAACCCUUCCCCACCUAACCCUUCCCCAGCUAACCCUUCCCCAUCGUAAUUAGCGCACAUUUCCUAACACUCGUAAAACUAACUGUGUACCUUUAAUUUUUCCUUGUACAAUAGAAAGUCGUAUUAAAUUGGGAAAACACUAAAUUCACUAUGUUCCAUCAAAUUGACUACUCAUGCAGUAAUGGCGCAAAUUCAAGCAAAACAAGCAAAGAAGCAAGUGCAUCUAUUCACGACGCGAACUUCGCACCGUAUAUUUUAUGUGAGUUCUGCCUUACAAACCUGGUUAGUGCAGGAAGCCUGAGGUCAGAACCUUUGUGUAAUUCAACAAGAUUCCCAGAAAAAUCGCCGAGUAUGCCUCCUUCAAUAACCUGCGAUUUCAAAACAUGCGGAACAACGAGCUACGCCAACGACACGCGAGCGGUGAAGGUAAACUGCGAGUUACCGAAGGAAAACACGCGAAAUGGUUUGCUGACUAGCCUGGUGAUUAAUUACUGGAAUCAAAGUAACACUGAUCCAUUUCGGAAAGAUUUCCCUAUCAAUUUAACUUCAUGUCAAGUGACAGUUAAAGGCCUUCACAAGAGGCAAAAUUAUUUUGCUCAAAUGUCCGUGUGUAAUUCUCAAGGCUGCAGCAGUUUGAGUGAAACCGUUUUAAUUGCUAAAGCUGUGCACCCACCCUCUAGGAACCAGAAUGGAAAGAAACUAUACUGGCUAGGGUUUCUCGCCGUUUUGCCUGUACCUAUUAUUGGUGGAUUUGUGUGCUAUUACUCCCGACGCACCACAAAACCGAAGCAAAACAAAUCUUUACCAAACGUCAAAGAACUGAUCGCGAAUUGUUAUUGUGAUUUAGAAGCAAGCAAUAACUAUCAUGAACUACCCAAUGGAGAUGGUAAUGGCAAUGAACUUGAUAACAUUUGAGUUUCUUGACUUGACAGAAUUCUGAACUGAAUCUACUGAUACGCCUGCUCAGCUAUUAAACACUCGUUUAAACAUUUGAUUUAACAUUUGUCCAACAGCAACCAGAUCACUCACGUCAAUGUAUAUAAUUUAAAUGCUUGCUUACCAUUGUUUCAUUCUAUGAUAACAUGUCAUAUGCUUACAUGGAAGUUAUCCAAAAAUUGAAAAAAAAGGCGACAAAAGGUUAUUGUUCCAAUUGCAAAAAUGUUGUUGGAAAGUUUUACCUGAAACAUUAUUUUAUACACAUAGAUGAACUUGCUUAGAUAGUCUCAACACAGACGUCAAGGGGGAAUAUCAAAAAGCAAAAAGUUAGAGCAAAGGACCUGAGGAAUUAGAAAAACUUUGAUAUUGUUGUAAAUAAUUCUGCUUCAUCUUCUGAUUUUUGAAAAUAAUAACUGCAUUCUAUUGAACUGUAUUUCAAUU